CGUAGAGGAACAAGGUGGUGAUUCGGCACCUGCCAACGUCUCCGCCUAACUCCGAUCUCUUCCUUCGCGUCGACGAAAAUUCGCUCGCCGCUGCAUCUGGCUCUCUUUCCGCCCCGGAAAAAAAACAACUGAUCAAAACACGGGUGAAGAAAAUUGAAUCUGCAAAUCUGGGAUCAGCAGAAACUACGAAGGUUCGUAGAGGUGUAAUUUAUCCUAAUUAAUUUCACACUCACACAUUGGAGAAGGUACGGUCGGGAACUUGCCAAGAAGUUUCUCAUCUUUCUUGGAGCUCUCUACUGAGUAGUAUUCACUCAUACAUACAGAAUGACUUCUUCCAUGACCUUCCGAGGAGCCUCUUCAUCUUCAUAUUUCACCCGUCCAUGGACUUACGAUGUAUUCUUGAGUUUUAGAGGCGAAGAUAUUCGCAACAAUUUUACUGCCCAUCUAUACGACGCUUUGCAUUCAAAUGGAAACAGCACCUUCAUGGAUGAUGAGCUUAGAAGAGGAGAGGAAAUUUCACCGGUACUUGUCAAAGCCAUUGAAGCGUCAAGGAUUUCAAUCAUUGUACUCUCAAAAAAUUAUGCAUCAUCCCCUCGUUGCUUGGAUGAGCUGAUGACGAUCCUUGAGUGCAGGAAAACAAAGAAACAAUUGGUUCUACCGUUGUUUUACAACAUAGAUCCUUCAGAUGUGCGGCAUCAGAGAAAGAGUGUUGGAGAAGCAUUGGCUAAACUUCAAGACAGGUUCAAGGAUGACACAAAAGUGAAGAUGUGGAAGACAGCCCUAACAGAAGUGGCCAAUUUGUCCGGGUGGCAUUUAGGGAACGGGAAUGGAUCUAAAUUUGUUAACCAAAUUGUUCAAGUGGUCUCAAGAAUAGUAAAUCGUACAUACUUAUAUGUUGCCAAGCAUCCAGUUGGAGUAGAGUCUCGUGUACAAGACAUUGAUGUCCUUUUAAGUAUUGGGAUGAAUGACAUACGCAUGGUAGGGAUCUUUGGAAUUGGUGGAAUCGGUAAGACAACUAUCGCCAAAGCGAUUUAUAACUUGAUUGCUUAUCAGUUUGAAUACAGUUGUUUUCUUGCAAAUGUUAGAGAAACUUCAAUGCGAGAGUGCGGUAUGGUACAAUUGCAAGAGAAACUUCUUUUUGAUAUCCUAGGAGUCUCAAGAUUGAAGGUUAGCAAUGUUGAUCGGGGAAUCAAUGUGAUAAAGGAGAGGCUUUGUUGUAAAAGGGUUCUUUUAGUUCUUGAUGAUGUGGAUCAGGUGGUCCAAUUAGAAACAUUAGCCGGUGGAUGUGAUUGGUUUGGUUUAGGAAGUAGAAUCAUCAUAACGACAAGAGAUAAACAUUUACUAACUAAGCAUAAAGUUGACUUAACAUACAAGGUGAAGGAAUUGGAUCACAAUGAAGCUCUUCAGCUCUUUAGUUGGAACGCCUUCAAAAGUGAGAAACCUAAAGAGGAUUUUAUGGAACUCACAAAACAUGCAAUAUAUUAUGCUGGGGGUCUUCCACUAGCUUUAACAGUGCUAGGUUCGGAUCUAUAUGGUAGAGAUAUAGAUCAUUGGAAAAGUGCGUUGGAAAAAUACAAAAGAAUUCCUGAGAAAAAUAUCCAAGAAAAACUUAAAAUAAGUUAUGAUGGAUUGGAAGAAAGCGAGAAGAAUAUUUUCCUUGACAUUGCAUGUUUCUUCAAAGGAGAGCAUGUAGAAUAUGUCAUUAAAAUACUAGACAAUUGUGGAUUCUCUCCAGAUAUUGGUAUCGUUGUGCUUAUGGACAAGUCUCUCAUAACUAUUGAUGAGAGUAAUGCGUUAGUGAUGCAUGACUUGCUACAAGAAAUGGGUAGAGAAAUUGUUCGCCAAGAAUCACCCAAAGAACCUGGCAAACGCAGUAGAUUAUGGUUUCACGAAGACGUUCGUUAUGUAUUAGAAGAAAAUAUGGAAACAAACAAAGUGGAAGGCAUAUUGGUAGAGUUGCCUAAACAAGACUUGAUACGUUUGAGUUCCAAAGCCUUCAUGAAGAUGAAAAGUCUCAGACUGUUUAUAAAUCGUAAUGCACGCUUUUCUAGAGGGCCCAAUAAUCUCUCUAAUGAAUUAAGAUUGCUUGAUUGGCCCGAAUAUCCUUCACAAUCUUUGCCAUCCAAUUUUCAUGGAAAGAAACUCGUUGCUUUUAGAAUGUGUUCUAGCCUCUUCAAGGAACUGGGGAAGGAAUUCAAGAAUUUCCAAAACUUGACAGUUAUGGAUUUCUCCGAUUGUCAAUUCCUAACGAAAAUCCCAGAUCUUUCAAGAAACCCAAAUUUAGAGGACUUGAAUCUUGAUAAUUGUACAAAUUUAGCUGAGGUUCAUCAUUCUGUUGGAUUCCUUGAUAAGCUUGCUUAUUUAAAUCUUGGUGGAUGCUCUAACCUGAAGAGUUUUCCAAAAAGCCUCAAGUUGAGAUCUCUUGAAGAGCUAGACCUUCAAGGUUGCUCAAGUCUUCAGAACUUUCCUGAAAUUGAGUGUAAAAUGGAAUGUUUAACAAGUAUUAAAUUAGGCUACACUGCUAUAAAAGAAUUGCCUUCAUCCAUUGGGUACCUCACUGGGCUUCACCAUUUAUAUCUAGAAGGGUGCAAAAACCUUAUGAAUCUGCCAAGUAGCAUUUUUCAGUUGCAACAUCUAGAGACUCUUCAUCUCAAAAGUUGUUUAGAAGUUGUUGAGCUUCCAAAGAUGGUGAGGGGUAAAAGACUAUCCAUGCCAUCUACUCUGUCUACAGGGGAAUAUGAAAUUUCAUCAAGUGUGGAAUUACUCCCAUUAUCGCCUCGAACAAAUUCAACCAUUUCUAAUGAUGAUUGUUCCUCAAUAGCAUUUCCAUCACUGCGAGAUUUGGAUCUUAGAAAUUGUCCUCUGUUAAAAUCAGAUUUCCUUAUGAUGCUUAAUUGUUUUUCCACCUUGAGACAGCUAGAUUUAUCCAAGACUGAUAUUGUUAGUCUUCCUGCAUGCAUAAAUAGAUUUGUUAGAUUGAGGAGACUUCGAUUGGAGUAUUGCAAGCAACUUAAAGAAAUUGUAGAACUUCCGCCAAAUGUAGAAAAUGUACAUGCUAAUGGAUGCAUGGCAUUGGAAAGUUUUCCGAAAGUAUCAGAAAAAUUUCAAUUCAAUACAUGCAACUUACAAGCGCCAAGAUGGAUUGAUUUGUCUGAGUGUCAUAAAAUGCUUGUGAAUAUAGGGAAUCAUGUGGCAAAACCUUUAUUGGAGGGAUAUCUUAAGCAGCAUGAAUUUGGCAUUAUAUUUCCAGGAAAUAGUAUUCCGGACUGGUUCGACCAUCAUAAGGAGACUUCAAAUAGUAGUUCAUGUGAAAUAGAUAUUAACGGGCUCUUGCAUUCAGAUGAGAUCAGAGGAAUUGCGAUAUGUGCUGUUAUUGGACCCUUUCUUGCUGUAACCUUAGAAGAAACCCCCCUUCCUCUUGUUAGUGUUAAGAUCAUUAGUAAUGGUGUCCAAAUGUCUACAGGAACUAGAAUACUUGAUCCAAUGGGCUCAGAGCAUGUAUGGCUGGAGUACGAAACUUUUGACGUAAAGGCAGACAAUCUGAGAGUUAAGUUCCACAGUAAUUCAGAAUCAGUGUUCUUUACAAGUUGUGGAGCCCAUCUGGUAUACAAGCAUAGAGAGAAUGCGAAAAAUGAUGAUCCAAGAAUGCUCCUUGAGGUUGGUGAUGUCCAUUUGGGUGCACCAGAUGAAGGAAUUGAAAAUUAUGUAAUGGAUGGUACUCAGCUUUCCAAGAGGUAUCGCGAAGACGACGAUAGCGACUUAGAAUCCAAUUGGUACCCACAACAGAAGAGGCCUUCUUCAACCCUGGGCAUCAGAAUUUCAGAUUUGGAGGAUACACUACUCGGUGAGUCACAACUAAACCAAUCAAAUCACUCUCAACACUAAAACUUGCCCAGUUUUUCUUAACUAAGGACUGCCUAAAUGAACAAAGAGCCUUUGCUAUUGUAUUAAUAGAAGUAUCAUGAUGUACAAUUACAUAAGGAUUAGAACUGCUGUUGUGUAGAAGAUAAAUCUGAUUUCUUUUUCAAUCUUA